AUGGCUUCAGCCACGACUACUACUGCUUUGAGCAAGGGUAAAGUGAAGCUCUCUGGUGCACAAGAGACCCUCCUCCUCACCCUCUUCGCCCGAGCCAAAGAUGCCGAAUCCUCCAACCCGAUUUUGAACGACCAGCACGCCCUUGAAAUUGUCUCCCAGAUUCGGGAUCAGGGCUAUGAUUUCAACCGCACCUUCAUGGGCCCCAAAGACCUGUUCGCAGGCCCUGUAGCCAUGCGCGCCCGUAUGCUGGACGUGUGCACGGAAAGGUUUCUACGCAGGAACCCUGGACCCGCCACCAUACUCCACCUCGCUUGUGGAAUGGACUCAAGAUGCCAUCGGGUCAAGUGGCAGGGCGAAGGAAGAAUUUGGAUUGACGCGGAUAAGGAGGACGUGGUCGAGCUGCGGCGACAGGUCAUGAACGACCCAGAUCCGGGAAAGGGGGGAGAGUACCGUCUGAUUCAUCCCAACAUCCACAGCGAUACUUGGCUUCGUGAGGCCAAGAUACCGACUGAUAGACCAGUCCUGGUUCUCUUUGAGGGACUCACUCCGUAUCUUACCAAAGACGAAUUGAACGGUCUCGUUCGGCGAAUUGUCAACUAUUUCCGGUCACAUGGCGCCCACGGGGAGCUUCGCUUCGAUGCCAUUGGCUCAAUCACGUAUUAUACCGUAAACUACGUCUUCAGAACACCAUUCAAGACCAUGGGGACGCGUUUCUACUCUUACCUUGACAAUCCAAGGUCCUUGGCGCAAGAAGUCCCCGGUCUCAGGUUCAAAGAUCAGAUUUUCUUGAUGUCAGAUCUUUUCCGGUAUGGCUUUAUGGGCAUGAUUCUUGGCUUCUUUGGGUGGUUAAUCGAUCUGUUCCAUAUUUCGGCACGCAUUGCUGGUGGAUACGGAUAUGAAUUCUGA